AUGUCCGCAGUUCGAAGUACAAGCCGAGCCUUUGUAGGCAUUCGCAGAUCCACAACUCAAUCUCUACGAAGAGAGUUUGCGACAGUGGCCGAUAGUCCUAUUCGAUUUUCCUGCAGACCCCCCGCAGCGCCCGCUCUGUUAUGUCCCCUCUCGAUAUCGGGGUCGCGACCUAGCACGAAGCAGAUGUGCGAGAUUAGACAGAACAGGAGAUCUACAGCUGCCCGUCGAGAAUUCUCAGCUACAUCAAAAGCUUUACAUGGGCAUGUAACGCCCCCGAAGCCUGGGGAAGGGCUACAUGUUACAUUCUUCGAUAAGGAGGGAGAUGAACAUACUUUCGAGGUAUCGGCAGGAGACAAUCUUUUGGAUAUAGCACAGGCCAAUGACUUGGAAAUGGAAGGCGCCUGUGGAGGAUCUUGCUCAUGUUCAACAUGUCAUGUCAUAGUCGAGGAUGAAGCAUUCUACGAUAAAAUGAAUGAGCCGGAUGAUGAUGAGAAUGAUAUGUUGGAUCUAGCGUUCGGCUUGAGGGAAACAUCAAGAUUGGGUUGUCAAAUUGUGAUGUCAAAAGAGUUGGAUGGGUUGCGCGUAAGACUUCCUUCUAUGACACGAAAUCUCCAGGCCAGCGAUUUCAGUAACAAGAGUUGA